GCGUCGUUUCACAGUGGGGUAGGUAGCACAUUGAGAGCGAUGGGCAGCGGGGCGUCGUCGGCAAUGCACGACGAAGCAGCGUUCCAUGUCGUGCAUGACGCGUACUUGAAAGGGCUGGAGAGCAACUUGGACGACCACGAUCUGUUUGACUUGAUCAAGGCCAAGCUCAUCCAACACGAGCACCACGACGAAGACAGCCACGAAGAGCACCACGAUUACGUGCACGAGUUGCCGAUAGCAUCGCGCAACAGCAGCCGCAGCAUGGGCCUCUUGUCGACCGGUGCUGCCACCCCCAAGGAGCUGGGGGCGACAAUGCCGGCAGAAUGUCGGCUGCACACGCCUCCGCCUGCGGCCAAACCUGCUCAAGCUGUCGUCCCCCGAGUCGUCCUGAGCGAGACGGAGCUCUCCAGUGCCAUCCACGACGAAAGGCGCCGCUUGCACACGAUGAAGAGUGCCCACCUGCACGACCCAACCAAGUUUCGACGCGCGUCGAUUGUGCAAGAAAGUGUGAUCGACUCCGCGUUUGUCGAGUUCAGCACGGAUGUCCUCCUGGACCCGGUGACGCUGAAAAUGAUGACAGAAUUCUGCAGCUCCAUCCCGCACGCGGCAGAGCGCCUCAUGUUUUGGGCCGACGUGCAGCACCUCCGGACGCUGCCAAGCGCGCAAUACACAGACAAGAUGCUGCGCAAGAUCUACGAAAAGUUCCUUAGUCCGCACGCGGCCACGCCGAUAUGCGUCCCCACCGACAUGAUCCGGGGCAUCCAAGACGAGUUUGACCGACCGGGGGGCAUUCAGUCGGCAGGGGUGUACCUCGAAGCCCAAGCGUUGUGCUUGAAAGAUCUGGAAAAGGACGUAUUUCCGCGCUUUGAAAAGCACAAGUUGUUUGACAAGAUGAAGGCGCUGUGCGAAGCAAGGUCUGAGACAGGCCACGCGACCGAAUCCACCAACCCGCGAUCCGACAACCCGUACUCGUUUCAUGCCGUACUCACUGACGACACCAAGUUGCGAUUUCUCAAAAGCUACUGCGUUGAAAACAUGACCUUGGAAAACUUGCUCUUUCACAUGGAAGUGGAAGAGGCGAAACGGUUGCCCAACCAGUCCUAUGUCCACGCAUCGGCACGAAAAGUAUACGAGACGUAUUUAAAACCGAACGCAAAAAAGUUUGUGGCCUUGCCGCCGCACAUCCACGAGGCAUUUGCCGCAAAAGUGGACGCCGACCAGUUGGACUCUGUCGCAUUCACCGACGUCCAGUACUUUGUGUUGGAUUACGUUCGCACGGAGCUGUGGCACGACUUUUCGGUUUACCCACCGUACGUGGCCCGCAUCCACGAAAGCGCGUUGACCCCUCGUCACUGGGACAAUUACGUUCCGAAUGUGUCGGCAGCCGACAUGACGGCGGUGCUCGCCAAGCUGGACAAGAUGGACCCUGCCGACAUCCUCGCGAAAGCGCUGACGUUGCCAAUGGACCAGUUGGCCAAUGUGGCGCUGGCACACAAGAUCCACCGCGACACGUUGCUGCUGCUUCUGCACGACAAGAUCGCGCACCGGAUUUUCAAAAAGUUCCUCGCCAGUCGGAUGAAAGAUCACUUUGUCGUGUUUGUGGACGAGGUGGACGAGUUUAUCAACUUGCCCGGCAUUGAGUUCAUGCAGCACACGGCGAAGAAGCUGUUUAAGAAGUACUUGAGCGAGCACGCGAAAUUGCAAGUGGACAUGAGCACCAAAAUGCGCCAGGACAUUCAAGCCAAGCUCAACACACCGUCGAUUGACAUGUUCAAGUCGGCGAUUGUCAAGGUCAAAACAGGACUCCUGCAAGACUCGUUGGUGCGGUACUUGAAGUCACCAAUUCAUUCCGAGAUGAAACAAGAAUUCCCCGACCUCGUCCGCAACUUGAUGAGUGCUGUGGACAAGGGCAAGGUCGACCUCCCGCAACUGGAAUCGAUUUUGUCCAACCCUACGUACUUGACCAACUUUCGAAAGUACCUCAAGACUCAGCACGCGGCAGAAAACCUCAUUUUUCUCGAAGAAGUGGAAGAGUUUCGAAGGCUGCCGUCGUAUGAAAUUGUGGUCCGAAGUGCCAAGAAAAUCCUAGACAAGUACAUCAACAUCAACACGGCGCGGUCACCGAUUCCCAUCGCCGCUCAUUUACAUGACGACAUGGUGGAAAACGUCGACAAGGCUGGCAAGAGGUAUUUUUCCGACGCGAUUCAAGACGUCGUGUCCAUAUUGCGCACCACCGAGGUGCACGAUUUUUUAGAGUCCCCGUUGUUUAUGCAACUGAUUGGGUCGUGGGUUGUGUUGGACGAAACGUAUGCGAUUCGACAACUGAUCGGGGAAGUCGAACUCGCGUAUUUCAAGCACGUGGUGCCAUUGACCAAGUCUGUACGCCAGGGACAAUCCGGGGCUGCGUCGUAGGUCAUGUAGAUACACUAUUAAUUUGUAACAAACAACAUACUGUAGUCCUA